GUUUUGGCUUUUCUCUCAAGUCCGUCGCGGGACGAAGACCGAAGGGUGAAGAAGCGCGGUCACUUUGUGCACGCCAUGCGAGGCGGAAGUUGGUGCCUAUGACAUUCGACGAGGUUCGCGCCACCAAAAGUGACGGAUUGCGCGGAGUCGCUGACAACGUCCGUAAUCAGCUGCGGCAGCUAACUCGGUCAACACUUGACGCCUGGAGACCUUCGCCUCUUGCCGACAGCGACAGGUUGCAGGGCCAUCGUGGUCGACACAGCGCUCUCAAAACAGCCAUGCGAGUCCUGGCGGUCCUCCUGGCGACUUGUGCUGUUGCCGGUGUGACAGCCCUGGCAACUCGCCACCGCGUGAAGCAUGAAAUUGCCCCACUCUGCGACAACAACAUCGACCAGCAUGCUCGACUUGAUCGGCUUGUGGACCGGAUUCGUAGCAGGCUGCGGGAUGAGGAGCCAUUCGCAUUGCCCACUGACAUUGCUCCCCUUCGGCUGUAUGACGGUGUGCUGUGGGGACUGAGCAACUUUGAACUGCGGCAUCCACCACAGUUGGUUUGUGGAAAUGGCUAUGCCAACCUCACCAUGCUCAUUGGUUUGGUGCAACCACAUGUUCGAUACAGGUGGAACUUCACACCGAUUCCUGGCGUCACUGGGCAGUUCAUUGCACAUGCUGAUCGUGCCACUGUAGACAUCUUUCUUCAGGCGCCCCUUGACUCUCCUAAUGCAAAGGCUUCCAUCAAGUCGCUCAAGGUCACUGAACUCAGUCAGAUCUGGGUCAAGGUUCCCAGUGUCCCCGUGGUGAGCUGGGUGGCCUCGCAAAUAGGAAACUUGGGCACAAUGAUCAACCGCAAAAAUCUGAAAAAGUUCCUCCAAGAAAACCUUCGCGCCUCUAUCCAAAAAACCCUUGACAAGGAACCCUUGUAGGUGAUAACACGUAAGUGGCAGGAUGAUGGGCAUCAUGCCAGACUGUUGCUCUGUGCCUGCUUUCAGCUUGCAACUGUCUCCUUCAUUGCACACAAAAAAAAAAAAAUUGUCUGGCAAGGUAGUCUGUGCAGGUAAUGCAGCUGAUUGUGAGAUUGAAUUGUGUGUGCUCAGUUUUAAUUUCUCUGUCAAUUUUUUUUAUCCUUCACAUGCAAUUAGUGUCCAUGUUCGCUGUCCAAGCCAUUCAUUUGUGAAAAAUGUUAAAGCACAGUUUGAAGUGUGCCCAUAUGUGCAGGAAUAUAGGAGUUCAACUGUAGGGUUAUCUUACUGUGCAUGACAUUGUGGUGAAACAAUUGUACCAUUGACAUUACUUGAGCAAUGUCAGUGCCUCAAACCUUUAGGCUGAAGGAUGAGAUCAGAUGGUUCGCAAACAUCUUGUAUUUUUAUCAUCAGCACCCAUUGAAAUGCCAACAUGAAAUUACUGAUCACAUGUGUACAUGCUCCAUAUCUGGCUUUCUAUGCAUGGAGUAGUCCCAAAUCCACAUUGUGGAGCCUGAAUUAGGUCCCUGUUACAAAUGCAGGGGAACAUGAAAACAAAACAACACAUUGGGGUAGUUUAGGAAUUGUUUGCAUUUGAGUUUAUGCUUAUGCUACCUAUUUUUAUCCUUGUAGCCACUGCAUUAGGAAUUGUGCUGUUUGAAAACAGCAAAUUUAGCUCAUUAGUAAAUGGUUAGAAAACAUAUUUAAUUUUAUAUUUACUUAUUCAACGCCAUUGGCCAAGAGAGUUUGCAACCGUUUCCUUGACAGAUGUGAUUACUUGUAUUACUUGAAGUGUUGGUGCUGGUUUGGUAUCUCCAUUUUAACAGCAUUGACUGUUAUUAAAGAAGCACUGACAUUGCAUAUUCAACUUGGUUUUUAUGUGUGUGUGUGUGUUAUGUGAAGGAGCAAAUGAUCUAAGCCUUAUAAAAAGUACUGGCUGAUUGAUUGAUUGCCACACGAAAUCUGCAAAUAUGUCUUUAUCAUAACGUCACCACAGGCCUGGCAUUUUGAGGGCAGCUUUAGUAUUGAAUAUAAAAUACAAAUAUAAAUAUAAAAGCUGAAAUCAGCUGGCGCAGGACAGGAGUAAUUGGAGUUCGCAGGGAGAGGCCUUUGUCCUGCAGUGGACAUAAAAUAGGCUGAUGAUGAUAAAAUACUAUCUUAUAAGCAUUUUACAAUCUUCAUAUUGGCUAUGUAUGCUAAGUUCUACAUGUGAGAAACUUGUGGUAGAGUAUCUAGAACUUGGAAAAUAUGUCAGUGCUUCAAUAACAAUGGAGGUCGACAGCAUUGUGAGUGCACGUGGCAGUGACCUGCGCUAUUGGUAUGUUGACCAGUCAUAGUCAGGCCAUUGGAAAUGAUAAAUAUGAUGAAGCAUAUGCAAUUGAUUGUGGCCAUUAUGGUGCCUUGAAACUGACUACUGCUACUGCUCUCUUGAGCAUCAAGGAGUUGCUCAAAGAUGUGCAUGUGAUGGACAUUACUUCCUGCUUGUGUUGACAUAUCUUGCUACUGCUUGUUUCAGUUCAAUAGUGUUGACAAGUCUUCCACUUUUAACAGGACCACAAUACAUAUUAGAUGGACCCAGGGUCAUGUGCACAGUUGUGGUGCUGCAUCAAUACUCUUGCCCGUUUCCAUGAUGGAGACCAAUUGCAAUUUUUUUAUGAUCAUUUUAUACUGCUAGUCUGUGUACAAAUGUAUAAGGUCACACAAUUUUGCCUGGCUUAACCUACUUGUUGUCUAUGCUAUUGUACAUUGCAAAUGCCAUAACAGUGUUAUGAACAAAUAAAGUAUACUACUGCAUGGCGA